UUGUUGCACGGUGACAUAUCAGAAUCCCAUCUGCACUCAUCACUCCAUCUUAGAAACAGCUGGGACACUGUGUACUGAGGAGAAGAAGGGGCCAACGCCAGUGGGAUCAUACAGGGCACAGGGAGACAUGUGACUGCCAUGUUUGAGCCAGCUUGAAGAACUCCAUCUGUGUUUUUUAAGGUUGGACGAGCAGAAGGGAACGAUGCAGGCGAAGCUGAACGAGGAAGUUUUCCGUGUGGAAUGCUUGCAGGCCAGGCUGAAGCAGUCUCAGGACAUGUUGGACGCUGUUGAGCGGGGGGUCGACAACCUCUACUUCAGGAUGAGCUGUGUUCCCGUGGAGGGCUUGCCCAGAGCUUCCUGUACUGACAGCAUGGACAAACUCAGGGACAUCAGCGCCCGUCUACCAACACUACUGCACAGAGCAUCCAAGCACCAGCCUGAGAUCAGCGGCCUGGACCAAGAGAGGGUUCACAGCUUGCUCGAACAGCUCAACAAGAUGGAGUCAAGGAACAUCAAGAGACCAAGCUCCCCGAUAUACGCUCUCCAGCUUAGUGAUGAUGAUGAUGAGGAAGAGUGCUGUCCAUCCCGUGAGGAGAUCAAGCGCUGCAGCAGCAGACUGAUCGAAGCUGAGCAGAACAAGAAGUCGUCGAGGAGAGCUAAGAAGAAGGAGUAGAGACACUAAUGGAUUAAAGAGGAGAACAGCAGGACUGAGUGAUUGUCGCUGAUCCACAGACAUUCCUUUUCUUUCUACACUAAAUAACUGUGAAAGUGUUUUCCUUAGACAUUUA